GACAACUUCUUAUUUCGGAAAGACCUCCCAAAAGAACCGUGGUGCAAAAAGAAAGAAAGAAAGAAAGAACAUUGGAGCAAGAAACUGCAAGUUUACAAUCCAUAGAAACAGCUAUACCCAAACCCUACCUUAAGAUGGCCGUCAUGCUGAAGCCCUGGACCGUCAUCGCUACUCUCCUCUUGUGCGUGCUCCUGUCUCUCGGGACCUUUGUGGAUGCGUAUCCGCCUAAACCAGAGAAUCCUGGAGAUGAUGCACCACCGGAGGAGCUAGCCAAUUAUUACACUGCGCUGAGACAUUACAUCAACCUUAUCACGAGACAAAGGUAUGGAAAAAGGUCCACCUCUGAAGAUGUGAUGGCAGAGUUGCUGUAUGGAGAUGACACAGAGCACAAACAGAGAUCAAGAUACGAUGACUCUUAUAUGUGGUGAAGUUCAGUGACCCCCCUGGUGUUGACCAUCCUGAGCUAAGCCCUCCUGUGCCACCCACAGAAAACCUCCAGACAACCAUAUGAGAGCCAGUCACCAUCAGAUAACCUAAUUCACCUCUUUAUAAAUGCCAUCUUUUUCCUCAUUUACUUUCAUGCUCACAGAACAAAUAACAUAUAAUUUUAAAUUGUACAUAAAAUAUUAUAAUAGAAGCUAUCGACAGAAAUGGAAAUGUGUAUACUUCAUUGUGUCUUAAAGAGAUUAUUCUGU